AUCCCUUCCCCUCCAUUUUAUAAUGGUAAUUUGGAAAGGUCUUGGCAAGCUCCUUCUUCACCGGCUAAUUCGGCUAAUUAUAAUACUUCCUAUAAACCUGUUCAGGUACCUUCUCCUCCUCUGACCAAUCAUCAUUCUGAUAAUUCCGCACAAUUGAACAAUAAUAAUAAUUUUGGCGGAUUGCAAUCCUUUGAUGAUAACGCAAUAAGUGAAAUACCUGCUUUCCCGCAAGACCAAAAUCAAUUAUUAACUUAUUAUUUUGAUCUUUUGACUCCUCAACAACAAUAA